AAACUAGUUUUUGAGAAACAAAGGGGAGGGCGACAAAUAAGAGCAAGCGGGCCGGGCUAGAGGUAUUGGAGGACUGUAAAAAAAAUCUAUUGUGGCUCAAAGUAAGACCAUAAACUCUCGCCAAGAAGUACGAUCAAAGAAACAAUAUGCGGGGUUUGUUCUCAACAGCUGUGGUGCUUAUGGUGGCCUUGAUGAUAGUCACCACUGAAGCAGGUAAAAACAAGAAAGAGAAGGGGAAAGGGGCCAAGGGUGGUGCCUCUGACUGUGCUGAGUGGCGCUAUGCUAGCUGUGUGCCUAAUAACGGAGACUGUGGAGUCGGUGUCAGAGAGGGCACCUGCAACGACCAGAUGAGAAAACUGAAAUGCAAAGUGCCUUGCAACUGGAAGAAGGAGUUCGGCGCUGACUGCAAGUAUAAGUUUGGCAGCUGGGGUGAGUGUGACACAGCUACUGGAUCCAAGAACCGGUCUGGAACCCUGAAAAAGGCCCUGUACAACGCAGAGUGCCAACCCACCAUCAAGGUGUCUAAGCCAUGCCCCGCAAAGACCAAGACAAAGGCCAAAGGAAAGAAGGGAAGAGGGAAGGAGAACUAAAAAGGUGGAUGAGUCCACAUUGAACAAGUGAUUGGUUUGAUUUUAUUACGCAAUAUCCUUUGCUUUUUCAACAAACAUAAUAUGCACAAGUGAAUUAUGAGAUGUCAAAUGGGCCUUUCCUUCAAAUACAGUAUAACAAACGCUAAAUGUCUCUGAAUAUUGACCAAAUAUCCCACAAAUGUAGACAAACACAAUUCUUUUCACAUAUUUCCAGCUGUCGGUGGCCUGGCAACUUAGCCCGCUUGUGUUCUGAUAUUUCCAUAAUGUUAGUAAGAUUCCAGUUCUGGACAUGCUGUAUUAUGCAAGAAACAAAUACAUUGACCUCACCAGUGUUCUUGGUCUACCUAACCCUUGUGAUGUGUAACGUUUUCCAGAGUUUGUUGUAUUUUUUUUUUCACCUUUUACAUUAGUUCAACUGGAGUCAAGACCAAGCUCCUUGUUUGACAUGGUUUCUUAACCAGUAGAUCAUUUAAUAAUAUGUUUGAGGU